AUGCCCUCCAAGAAAAUGGGAAAUAUGAUGAUGAAGAAGCCCAAAUCUAUGGACCAAGACGACAAGAAAUCCAUGAAGAGAAAAUUCGACAAGGACAAAAAACGCGCACACGACGACCCAAACCCGCUAAUCGAACCCGAGUCGCCCCAGUGGAGCACGCCGGUUCGGACGGGCGCUGGCCCGUCCCGACUGUCUCGGGCCACGAGCCACGGCUCCUUCUCGCCCCUGACGAGGAGCGCGAGCAAGCGGGCCGGACCGGGCCGGGCCUCCCUCCUACGGACCAUGAGCAACAACGAAGGUCUCAACCGCACUUUCUCGAGGAGCACGAGCCGGACGGGCCCGAUACUCUACUCGAACUCGCACGGGCUCGUGAAGCCGCCCGCGAACGAGCAACAGCUCGACUGCAGCCUCGAGGAGCUCUGCUUCGGCUGCGUCAAGAAAAUCAAGAUCACGAGGGACGCCAUCACGGAAAACGGGGAAGUAGUGCAAGAAGACGAGACUUUCACGAUAAAAGUGAAGCCCGGUUGGAGACGGGGCACGAGGAUCACGUUCGAGGGAAAGGGGGACGAAGUGCCGGGGUCGGACCCUGCCGACGUGGUAUUCACAAUAGCCGAGAAAAGGCACGCAUUGUUUUCGAAACGGGACGAUGAUAAUUUGGAGUUCAAACUCGAUAUCCAACUCGUCGAGGCUCUUACCGGCUGCACUUUUAGUGUCCCGUUGCUUGGCGAGCAAAACAGGAUCAGCGUGACGGUGAAUGAUGUCAUAAGUCCCGGUUACGAAAAGAUAAUAUCGGGAAAAGGAAUGCCGAAGCACAACGAGCCCACGACAAGAGGCGACUUGAUAAUCGUAUUUUCGGUCAAGUUCCCGGAGGAAUUGAGUGAUGAGCAGAGAGCUGAGGCUGCAAGAAUUUUGCAGCAAACUUGUUAA